GCUCCUCCUUAGACCACGCCCUCUUUUCCCAUUUGGAGAUUUUUAAGUCACGAGUGAAGCUGAAACCAUUUGAUAUUUCGUGAGUGAUUCAUAAAGUUUUACUGAAUAAGUCCAACGUGUCACCUUUUCCAGGGAUGGACGAGCUUGGGCGUGGAACAUGUCCUCUGCUGGUGUUCAGCAUCUGUUUUGCGUCUGUUCUCGGCCGUCCCCCGAUCUCAUCCCCUCUCCUCACUCGUCUCCCGUUUUUUUCCGUAUGGAACGCGCCGACGGAGCGCUGCAUGUCUCAAUUUGGGGUCGAUCUGGACUUAAGCGUCUUUGACAUCGUGCACAACCGAGACCAGGCCUUCAUGGGCGACAACAUCACUAUUUUCUACUCUGAUAAGUUGGGAGAGUAUCCUUACUAUGGCCUUGGCAGUGAACCGGUGUAUGGAGGUGUUCCUCAGAACUCCAGCCUGGACCAGCACCUUCGGAAGGCCGAUGGCGACCUGCGGAGAGACAUCCCAGAUCGUGGCUUUCACGGGCUGGCCGUCGUCGACUGGGAAAAGUGGAGGCCGCUGUGGGAACGUAACUGGGACACUAAAGAAGUGUACUGGAAGGGCUCUAGGACUUUAGUGAAAGCCAAACAUCCUAGCUGGAAUCCGGAGCAGAUAGAAACGGAAGCUGUGCGUGAAUUCGAGGAAGCUUCACGGGCCUUUAUGGAGGACACUUUAAAGCUGGGCCACAAAGAGCGCCCUGGAGGAUUAUGGGGGUUUUAUGGCUUCCCUGGCUGCUAUAAUUAUCAGUACAAGAAGAACGGGACGUAUACAGGUGAGUGUCCUGCUCUGGAGAUGAAGAGGAAUGAUAAACUGGCCUGGCUGUGGAACGUCAGCUCGGCCCUGUACCCUGAUAUCUAUCUGGAGCUGGGGCUCCGGGGCCGGGAUCGGGAUAUCUUGCUCUACAGCCGGCAUCGGAUCCUGGAGGCCCUGAGAGUGAGGGAACAGAUCUCCCAUCACCCACCACCUGUCUUCCCCUACGCCAGGAUCGCCUACACUUACUCCAUGGAGUUUCUCUCACAGGAGGACUUGGUGCACACUAUUGGAGAGAGCGUUGCUCUAGGGGCUUCUGGUAUCGUGCUCUGGGGCAAUGGAAACUACUCCAAAACGAAGAAAGCCUGUGUAGCGGUGCGGGAGUACCUGGACAACACUCUUGGCCGCUACAUCGUGAACGUGACAGAGGCAGCGUUUCUCUGCAGCAGGACCGUGUGCUCGUCCCAGGGCCGGUGUGUCAGACGAGACCCGAGCGCCUCAGCCUUCCUGCAUCUGGACCCAGCCUCAUGGUCCAUCGUUCCCCGAGCCGAGCUGCCUGGGCCAGUUACAGCGGGUCCGUCUUAUGUAGCUCACAGGAGGCUGAGGACGGCUGAAGAUCAAACCAGAGGAUUCACAGACACUUUUAGGUGCCAGUGUUUCCCAGGCUGGGAAGGAGAACAAUGUCAGAAACCAGUGCCUGUAGUAGAGACUUUUACAUAACAGAAAAUUAGACUAGAA